CUGUCAGAAAAUAAUAGGAGCCUCUCCCUAGCAGUCUGCACAAGUGAGGCAGAGUGUGCCCCGCUCGCUUCAGCGCGCUCCUUCAGGCAAUUAUCCUGCAGAGUUUGUCCCCGCUGAUGGCUGCCUUGGGCACAGGAUAGUACUCUGUAGUAUGUGAGUCACACUUCUGCUGUGAGAAUAGUCUGUGUCUGACAACUUUGGAGUGUUUGUGCCCAACAUCGAAUUCUUCUAACAGUCUAUAAUUCAAUAACUAGAUAUUACAGUUUUAGUUAAGAAGCACUAGAUUUCUCUUUUUGCUACCUUUGGCAGGUGUCUCAGAGGAUUUCAUUGUGCUGAAUGCUAUUUUGUUCGCUAUGUGAAGAUACUCACAAUCUCACAAGGCAUCUAAAAGCCUUUUCCACUUCAGUGCUUUAUAACCCAGCCUCUAUAAAUUUUGGUACAUGGAAAGAGAAUCUGGAAACAGUGGUGAAUUGCUUCACUUGGCUAUGACUUUUAUUUAUUGUUCCUCUUGAAAGAAGGAUUUUAUGAACUUUUAUUUGAAGACAGAAUAAAAUUGGUCCUUUCAGCUUGAAGUUCUUCACUUGAGCAAAACAUUUCAGGCGUUUCUAAAACAGUUGUUCCUGCCUCUUUAGCCUAAUCUGGUGAUCUCUUCACUGGGGUGUCCAGGCCAUGAAGUCAGCCCUGGCUAACUGAUAACUGGUAACGAUUACUUACCAACCCAGCAAAUGCUGAUUAUCAAAUCUGAAGGCAGUGGUUCUGCUGACACAAAGGUGGCAGCCCUGAGCCCUAUUCCACCAGCGGCUUCCUAUCCUACCCUGUGCCUUAAACAUGGAAACUGUAGAAAUGAAUAGUGUAUCCUUGAAACGUCCUCGCUCUGAGGAUGAUGUGGCCAAUGCAGAUGAAAUUAAAAGGCAGAAGAUCUUGGAGAACUCUAAGGCAGAGAACGACUCUGGGCAGAGUAUUGAGACUGUAACAGAACAACCCGAGGACAUGAAAAGUCCCAAUGAGGAAAGUGAGGAGCAGGAAGAAGAGGAACUAGAGGAUAGUGAUGAAGAUGGAGAUCCAGAGAGCUUUGCAGACAUGAUGAAGCAUGGACUGACAGAAAGCGAUGUUGGCAUAACUAAAUUUGUUAGCUCUCACAAAGGGUUUUCUGGAAUCUUAAAAGAGAGAUACUCAGACUUUGUUGUCCAUGAAAUAGGCAAAGAUGGACGUGUGAGCCAUUUAGAUGACUUUUCUGUUCCAGUGGAUGAUGAGGACCCAUCAGAAGAAACAUUUACAGUUUUGUCAGAUGAAGACAAGCAGCGUUUAGAGGAGCUCCAGCUUUUUAAGAAUAAGGAAACUAGUGUUGCCAUAGAGGUAGUUGAAGACACCAAAGAAAAAAGAACCAUCAUCCAUCAGGCUGUGAAGUCCUUGUUUCCAGGACUGGAGACUAAAACAGAAGAUAGAGAUGGAAAGAAAUACAUUAUUGCUUAUCAUGCUGCUGGGAAAAAAGCAUUGGCAAAUCCAAGAAAGCACUCUUGGCCGAAAUCUAGGGGAAGCUACUGCCAUUUUGUACUGUACAAGGAGAACAAGGACACUAUGGAUGCCAUCAAUGUCCUAUCCAAAUUUUUAAGAGUGAAGCCAAACAUAUUUUCCUACAUGGGAACUAAAGAUAAAAGGGCUAUAACAGUUCAAGAGAUUGCUGUUCUCAGAAUCACUGCACAAAGGCUUGCUCAUUUGAAUAAAUGUUUGAUGAACUUCAAAUUAGGAAAUUUCAGUUACAAGAACCAUCCACUGAAAUUGGGGGAACUGCAAGGGAACCAUUUCACUGUUGUUCUCAGAAACAUAACAGGUACUGAUGAGCAGAUAGAGCAAGCAAUGCAUUCACUCAGGGAAAUUGGAUUCAUUAAUUACUAUGGAAUGCAAAGAUUUGGAACCACAGCUGUUCCUACUUAUCAAAUUGGCAGAGCUAUUCUGCAGAACAACUGGAAUGAAGUAAUGGAUUUGAUAUUAAAACCACGACCAGGAGCUGAAAAGGGAUACUUAGUCAAAUGCAGGGAAGAAUGGGCAAAGACUAAAGAUCCAGCAGCAGCCCUCAAGAAACUACCUGUAAAAAGGUGCGUGGAAGGACAGCUUCUACGUGGACUCUUAAAGUAUGGAAUGAAGAACAUAAUCUCUGCAUUUGGCAUAAUACCAAGAAAUAAUCGUUUAAUGUAUAUUCAUAGCUACCAGAGUUAUGUGUGGAAUAAUAUGGUGAGCAAGAGAAUAGAAGAAUACGGGCUUAGAGCUGUACCAGGAGAUCUCAUACUUAAAGGAGCCACAGCUGUUCACAUUGAAGAAGGAGAUGUUGAUAACUACACUAUCCAUGAUGUAGUGAUGCCAUUGCCUGGAUUUGAUGUUAUUUAUCCAAAGCAUAAAAUUGGUGAGGCCUACAAGGAGAUGCUGGUAGCUGACAAUCUUGAUAUCAACAACAUGAGGCAUAAAAUCAGAGAUUACUCACUUUCUGGAGCAUACAGAAAGAUUAUCAUUCGGCCUCAGAAUGUCAACUGGGAAGUUGUUGCAUAUGAUGAUCCUAAAAUCCCAUUAUUUACUACGGAUUUGGAUAAACUGGAAGGAAAACCAUUACCAGUUCUCCCUACAGAUGGCAAAUUCAGGGCACUGAAGAUGGAGUUCUCCCUUCCCCCAUCCACUUACGCUACCAUGGCGAUUCGAGAAGUUUUGAAAAUGGACACAAGCAUAAAAAACCAGACACAACUGAAUACUACCUGGUUGCGCUGAAUGAACUGCAGAAUUACUUAAUUUUAACAAAGUGUUUUCUUAUUUACAUGUUCUGUACAAAUCUUUAAAGAGUCACAGUAAGAGAUUUGUAUUUUUUUAAGUUUUUUUAGUGCUAGCAUUUAACUUCGGUAGUCCUUGGCAAGAUGGUGACUGUAAUAUAAUACAGAUUUUAGUGACUGGUGCUUUUUACUGAAUGAGCAAGUUGCUUGAGCUGUAACAUGGUGCAUGCUUAGAAUUUUGCUUAUGAUGGCAUCAGACCUGGAAGAAUGUUUAGCUUGCUUUCUUUGGGCAAGCACUGAAUGUUUUCACGAGUUCAGCCACCCUUGAAGUCUUUUCAAAUACAAUGAAUUACACGGGGAAAGAUGAAUUACAACAAAAUUAAGAUACUGAUGAACAUAUGUAUUGCUGGAGUUUUGCUGGUAGAAUUUGCACUGAUGCAGUAACAGAUUCUGUAAGCAAGGCUUUUGUGUGCUGUAAAGCUGUAACAGCUCUUUUAAAUAGACUCUUUAAAAUCGACUUUUCAUUGAGAAAAUACUUGUAUUUUCCAGAUAAUACCAGUACCAAAGAACAGGUACUAAAAAUAAACUAACCUGAAACUCU